UGGUCAUCAAUGGUCCCAGUUGUAUUUCAAAUAUUGGGUCUAGGAGUUUUCUUCUUUCUUUUUCUUCUCAAGCACUUUUUUUUUUCCCCUCUUUUUUUCUUCCUAAUGACCGGUGGGAGUUUUGAACAUUUUUCUCCUUUUAAAUAUCGACAGUCAUGUAUUUAUCUCACAUUUCAUUAAAUUAUGCGAAAUCGAUGCGUAUGCAUAAACAUGAACAUGUUACAUUAUUACGUCUUGAAAGAGCGGGAUGAGUGCCCUUUGGUUUCAGUGUACCACCCCAAUUAGUUAUCCCUUCUCGCCCUCAUCCAAAACCAGAUGUGCCUUUGAGCUGUACGCAUGUCGGUGUUGCUUGGUUUUAUAUCAAGAUGAAGGAUGUGAUUGCUUGGGGUGCUUUAUAUCAAGGCCUGAGACCCGAGGUCCUACCGUGCUUGUCAUGGCAUGUCAUGUCAUGGCCUGUCAUGUAUCCGAACCUUCAGCCGCGUUAGGUAGUUCGGAUACGAGUAAGUACAUGAGGUUAUCGGCCUUGGAGUUGGUGUUGAUCUCUAAAUAUUUCUCUACAUUGUACAGAGUACCUCUGUACAGAGUAGUAGUAUUGAUAUAUUGGGUUGCAAAUUCGAGGAUUGAAGUAAGCUCAGUUACAUGUUGGAUUUGGCAGUUUUGGAUAGCGUAUUCAAGAUGGGCUGGUAAAACCACUUCCGGGACGAGUCCAAAAGGUGAUACUUGUUAAAGUGUGGCGUUGUCAGGCAUAACCAAACGACUGAAUAGUUUACGAAAAUGUUGCGUGUAUUUGACAUGUGAAGACAGAAAGGAAUUGGCGGGAUUUGAUCCUGU